CCGUCCGGCGACUUGGGCGCGAGCGGCCGGCGGCGAGGGGAGGGCGGACGGUCCGUGCCCCGACGUACGUCAGCGCGGCCGGGGAGGCGGCGGCGGGACGGCAGAGCGGGCGGACCGGGCCCCGCUCCACCCGCGCGCGUCUCCGCCGGGGCCCCGCGCCCCGGGCCGCCCGCGGCAUGGACAGCGCGGCCGCCGCCGCCUUCGCGCUGGACAAGCCGGCGCUGGGCCCGGGGCCGCCGCCGCCCGCGCUGGGGCCCGGCGACUGCGCCCAGGCGCGCAAGAACUUCACGGUGAGCCACCUCCUGGACCUGGAGGAGGUGGCGGCCGGGCGGCUGGCGGCGAGGCCCGCGGCCAGGGCCGAGGCGCGGGAGGGCGCGGCGCGGGAGCCGUCCGGGGGCAGCAGCGGCAGCGAGGCGGCGCCGCAGGACGGCGAGUGUCCCAGCCCCGGGCGAGGUGGCGCCGCCAAGCGUAAGAAGAAGCAGCGGCGGAACCGCACCACGUUCAACAGCAGCCAGCUGCAGGCGCUGGAGCGCGUGUUCGAGCGCACGCACUACCCCGACGCCUUCGUGCGCGAGGAGCUCGCGCGGCGCGUCAACCUCAGCGAGGCGCGCGUCCAGGUCUGGUUCCAGAACCGCCGCGCCAAGUUCCGCCGGAACGAGCGGGCCAUGCUGGCCACGCGCUCUGCCUCGCUGCUCAAGUCCUACGGCCAGGAGGCGGCCGUGGAGCAGCCCGUGGCCCCGCGGCCCACCACCCUGAGCGCCGAUUACCUCUCCUGGCCCGCGUCGUCCCCUUACAGCUCGGUGCCACCCUACAGCCCUGGGGGCUCAGGCCCCACCACCCCAGGGGUCAACAUGGCCAACAGCAUAGCCAGCCUCCGCCUCAAGGCCAAGGAGUUCAGCCUGCACCACAGCCAGGUGCCCACAGUGAACUGACAGGCAGGGAUCCAUCGGCCCUGGCCCGACAGCAGGAAAGAGGACAGCUGGACAGGAAGUGGCCCCUCCUGUCCCUGUGCCAGGGCUGGUCAGCGCUCCUACCCACAUCUCCAGCUGGACUCCUGAGCUCAGAAGGCCCCAGGGCACCCAGAGUGCGGCUCGGCGCGUCUGUCUGCAGCGGCUGGAGACUGCCACCCUGGCCCGUGAUGGGCUGGGCUGGACAGCGGGGCGGGAGCCCGCCAAGGACCUCGAUUACUUUGUGUAUUAAAACCAAAAGGCUUUGUCUUUAAGAAAUAAAACCAUUUUUU